AUGAACUCUUUGGGAAAUAAUAAACUUUCCACUGGGGAUGAGGAAAUUCAUUUGGCAAGAAAAAGAAGCUACCAUGAGGACCAAAAUGAUGAUGGAGCCAGGAAAAAGCAAAGAGACGAAGCCUUGUUGUCGCAAGAGAGCAACGACGGAAACAUUGACUCUGCUUUGUUAAGUGAAGGGGCUACUCUAAAGCGGACUCAAAGUCAAUACUCAAGCGAACCGACGUCUAACCAAGAUAGGAAGGGAAGCGACGGAGAUCCAUCGGUAGCCGAAGCCGCCGUUUCUGCCACUGUCAAUUACACGGAUUUAAUUCAGGAUGGCUCUGAUGCUCAUAUAUCUAAGCAAACAAACACGGAUGAUGAGCGCAGGAAUUCCAUGAAUGGGAGAAGAACCACAACCUUACCAAAUGAAGGAGUCAAGUCAAGUGCCUCCUUGGAAGGAAUGCCAUCUUCACUAAUGGAAUCAACACAACAAUCUAAAAAUGACAUGCUCAUACCGUUGGCUGAACACGAACGUGACCCAGAACACGAGCAUGAUGACGAAGACGACGCUGAAGACGAUGAUGGCCCCGACAGUGACUUAAAAAAGGACAUUAGUAUGCAGACAGGUCGUCGCGGAAGAAAACCAACUACAUUAGCUACAACAGACGAGUGGAAAAAGCAAAGAAAAGAUUCCCACAAAGAAGUCGAAAGGCGUCGCCGUGAAAAUAUCAAUACCGCUAUCAACAUCUUAAGCGAUCUUCUUCCUGUGAGAGAAUCAAGCAAAGCAGCAAUAUUGGCUCGUGCCGCAGAAUACAUCCAAAAGUUGAAGGAGACUGAUGAAGCCAAUAUAGAAAAAUGGACGUUACAGAAAUUGCUGAGUGAACAAAAUGCGUCACAGUUAGCCAGUGCCAACGAGAAACUGCAAGAGGAACUAGGGAAUGCCUACAAGGAAAUUGAGUACAUGAAGCGAAUUUUAAGGAAGGAGGGCAUAGAAUACGAAGAUAUGCACACCCACAAGACACAAGAGAAUCAAAGGGCAGGCACUAGGAGUGAUAAUCCACACGACGCUUAG